CUCAGUCCUCUUUCUCCCUUUGGACCUCGGUCAAUCUAAGCUGUUUCUGCCCCCAAGAUAUACUCACCACCAUGGAGUAUUGUAAACGAAUCUGGCCACAGGUCUUUCCCGCCAAGGCUGCCCUGACUUCAACCACUGUUCGGUCCCAAGUGGGCCGCGUGGUGAUCAUCACCGGCAGCACCGCAGGUAUUGGCCUGGCGCUCACACGGAUUUACUAUGAUGCCGGAGCCAGGGUUUACAUGGCAGCACGCAAUGAGACCAAAGCUCAUGCCGCUAUUCAAGCUAUCACCACUACCAGCACUUCUCAAGCUCCCGGGACAAUAAAGUUCCUUGCAAUCGAUCUUUCCGACCUCUGUACAAUCAAACCCUUCGUCACGACCUUCCUAUCGCAGGAAUCACGCCUCGAUGUUCUUCACAAUAACGCCGGGGUUGCUUGCGUGCCACUGUCCCAGCGCACCGCGCAGGGACUGGAGCCGCACAUGGGCACCAAUUGUGUGGGCCCUUACUUGCUGACUGCACUGCUAUCGGAUCUUCUAAUCCGUACUGCUGCAGCAGCAGACACCGUACCCAGCAGUGUGCGGGUGGUUUGGUCCAGCAGCCUACUUGUCGACACCUCGGCACCGUCGGAAGGAGUUCCGCCCAAGGAGCUUGACUAUCCCAGUGAGGACCCGAUUCGAAACUACACCAUUAGCAAAACCGGCAACUGGUUCCUUGCCGAUCGCUUUGCAAAGCGGUUCAACGCGGCGUCAGUGGGUGCCAGUGACGGCCCGGCUUCAGAGAAGUGUGUCGUGAGCAUCACCGCCAACCCGGCAACCGUCCACACGGGCAUCUAUGAUAAUGCACCCCGGAUCGCAGUCUGGUUGACCAUGCCCUUCUUCGCUACUGUGGAGGAUGGCGCGCUUACCUUACUGUGGGCUGGCUGUAGUGAGGACAUCACGGUCCGUGACGGGGGGCGUUAUGUGAUUCCUUUUGGACAGUGGCAUCCGAAACCGAGAGCGGAUUUACUGGAGGCAAUGGCCGACGAGGGCUAUGCAAAGGAAUUAGAGGACUGGGCUGAGAAGAUAACCCAGGAAUUUAGGUGAAGCUCAAGCUACGGUAGUUAUGCAGCCAGGUCAGGCUUGUUCGACAUUACAUGUGUGAGCCAUUGCAUUCUGAGCUAGACUCAUAGUGUGCUAUUUAAUAUUAGAAAGUCCUAC